AUGACCACGGGUCCUACCCCAGGCGGUUCCAACCUGCCAGUGAAAGUCCACUCACCCAACGUGUCUUACACCCAGGACUACAUCCGCACGCACGCAACCCACCGGGGAACCAAAGUAACCCAAGGCGAUACCGGGCUGACCGCGACCCCGUACGAAAAGUCGUACGAGUUCCAGAUCGCGCACCAGGUGCCCCGCGUGGGUGUCAUGCUGGUCGGUCUGGGCGGAAACAACGGCACGACAGUGACGGCAGGGAUCAUCGCCAAUCGGGCGAAGCUCAGCUGGGCGACACGCGAAGGCACCCAGACAGCCAACUAUUAUGGGUCUCUCUUGAUGGGGUCAACCAUCAAGCUGGGAGUGGAUCCGGAGACGGGUCUCGACGUGAACAUCCCCUUCCAUGACAUCCUGCCCAUGGUUCACCCGAACGACCUCGUCGUGGGGGGGUGGGACAUCAGCUCGGUGAAUUUAGCCGAUGCUGCAGACCGUGCGGGUGUCCUUGAGCCCACCCUGAAGGACCAGAUCCGCAAGGAGCUUGCUGCCAUCCGCCCCCUGCCCAGCAUCUACUAUCCCGACUUCAUUGCCGCGAAUCAGGGCGCGCGCGCGGACAAUGUGCUCGAGGGGAGCAAGGCUUGCAUGGCACAUGUGGACCGCAUUCGUCACGAUAUACGCGCGUUCAAGGCCAACCACAGCCUCGAUUCAGUCAUUGUGCUCUGGACUGCGAACACGGAGCGCUACGCCGAUAUUAUCCCGGGGGUGAACCAAACUGCCGAGCAACUGCUGCGGGCGAUUGAGGACGGACACGAGGAGGUCUCGCCCUCGACCGUCUUCGCUGUGGCGAGUAUCCUCGAGAAGGCCCCGUUCAUCAACGGGUCUCCGCAGAAUACGUUCGUUCCUGGCGUGGUCGAUCUCGCGACCCAACACAAAGCUUACAUUGGUGGAGAUGACUUCAAAUCUGGCCAGACGAAGAUGAAAGCGGCGCUGGUGGAGUUCCUCGUGAAUGCCGGGAUCCGGGUGAAAUCGAUCGCCAGUUACAACCACCUCGGUAAUAACGACGGAUACAACCUGAGCGCGCCGGCGCAGUUCCGGUCGAAGGAGAUCUCCAAGUCCAAUGUCGUCGACGACAUGGUGGCUGCCAAUACGGUGCUUUACAAGCCCGGGGAGCAUCCAGAUCAUACGGUUGUCAUCAAGUAUCUCCCCGCGGUGGGAGAUAACAAGCGCGCGUUGGAUGAAUACUAUGCCGAUAUCUUCCUCGGUGGACACCAGACCAUCAGCAUCUUCAACGUGUGCGAGGACUCGCUGCUGGCCUCGCCGCUGAUUCUUGACCUGGUCAUUCUGACCGAGAUGCUGACCCGCAUCUCGUGGCGUGAAUUGGACGGGUCUCCGUCUGAGUUCCAGGGUUUCCAUAGUGUGCUGAGCCUCUUGAGUUACAUGCUCAAGGCUCCUAUCACUCCGCCAGGCGUGCCCGUCGUUAAUGCACUGGGUAAGCAGCGCUCAGCUCUGACUAAUUUCUUUCGCAUGGUGAUUGGGUUGGAGCCGGAGUCGGAAGUGUCGCUGGAGCAGAGGCUGCCUUAG